GUAAUCGGGAAUGGCAGAACUUUAUGUGCAUCAUAGGCUUCCCGUUGCAGGGACGGGCCUCCAUGGCGCGGUGCGGGAUAGAGGAGUGGGGAGGCGGCGAGGCAGCGGGCGAGCCUCGGGCGCCGGCCGCGAGGAGCGCUCGCGUCGCGGGGGGCCGGCCCGGAGCGCGCGCGCGCCAGUCGGUCGCCAGCCGCCGCGCGGGCAGCUCUCUCACUCCCUCCGUCCGUCUGCUCGCCUCGCCCUCGCCAUGCACGCCAUGAACGACCCGGCGGCGCUCGCCGGCAUGCUGCCCUUCGACUCGAUCGGGCUGUACGAGCAGCCCAAGCCGCGCUUCAUCUUCAAGAUGCCGCGCGUCGUGCCCGACCAGAAGGCCAAGUUCGAGUCUGACGAGUUGUUCCGCCGCCUCAGCCGGGAGAGCGAGAUCCGGUACACGGGCUACAGGGACCGGCCUCAGGAGGAGCGGCAGGUCAGGUUCCAGAACGGCUGCCGGGAGGGACACACGGAGAUCGCGUUCGUGGCGACGGGCACCAACAUCCAGCUGGUGUUCAACCCCAGCACCAACGGCUACAGCGCCGCCGACCCGGGCCGCGAGUGCGACUUCGACAAGGAGCACGGCAAGGUGCACAUCCGGUCUCACUUCAUCAUGAACGGCGUCUGCGUGCGGUGGCGCGGCUGGAUCGACCUGGAGCGGCUGGACGGCGUCGGCUGCUUGGAGUACGACGAGGAGCGCGCUCAGAUGGAGGACUCGAUGCUGCGGGACCAGAUCGAGCGCUACAACCAGAGACUGCGCGACUUCGAGGAGAAGCAGCGCGCCUACCGCCAGCACCAGGAGCGGCCUGGCGACCAGGACCUGGAGCAGCUGCGAAUGGCCAGCAGCCUCCAGCAUCACGUGACGACCUCCGCCGCGGGCCGGUGCCACGUGGGGCCGCAGCGAGUCGGCCUCUCACUGCAAGCACGGAAGAAGGGCGACCUAAGUCACGGACACCACCACUAGGAGCAAGAUUAUGUCGGUAUUCAUCGUCUUAGCUGUGCCAGUUACUCUGCUGUGGUCUGUUAUCAUUCUGUUGUGAAUAGUGUAAUGUAAUGUUUGUAAUUUAUGUGUAUACAUUCUCGAAAAAAAUAUAUAUCUAAUGAAAAUCA